AUGGUUGAGAGUACCGUGAAGACCGCGCUUGCUCGUCAGAGGGUGUUUGUGUGUCUUGUUGGCCACGCCACCUCGAAGUCAAGGCAUUGCAUACCUUCGACGCUGAUAACCAUCUGGGGCCGGAUGGCUUACUCCUUUCGUGGUACCAUACCAUCCCAGCGCUUUCCUGCCGAAAAAGGUCGUUAUGUACUUUACUUCAACGCUGUCUGUCCCUGGUCACACCGAGCCAUCAUUGUAUCCGCGCUCAAAGGUCUAGGGGACAUAAUACAAACCGUGGAAGUAGAUGCGAGGGAUCAAGUACGGGGCUGGCACUUUUCAGGUCAUAGGGGCCCACAUUGUGAUCCUAUCAUUGGUGCAAAAUGUUUGAAGGAUUUAUACUUGUUAGCAGAUCCUGAGUAUAGUGGGAGAGUGACUGUUCCAUUACUGUGGGACAAGCAGCAACAAACCAUUGUGAACAAUGACAGCGGAGACAUGAUGCGUAUGCUGAUCGACGCAUUCGACCACCUAUUGCCUGUAGAAAAGAGAGAGCUUAGCAAAGGGAAAGCGGCUCUUCGUCCUGCUCAUUUGAUAUCCAAGAUUGACGCGCUUAAUGACUGGGUAUACGAUACAAUUAACAACGGCGUCUAUAAAGUUGGGCUCACAAGGUCUCAAGCAGCAUACACAGAGCAUAUCACGAGACUAUUCAAAUCGCUCGAUCAGCUCGAAACACACCUGACAGAACCAGAACACCAUCCGUACCUUUUCGGCCCGCACAUCACUGAAUCCGACAUUCGACUUUACACUACGCUUAUCCGUUUCGACAUCGCCUACUAUCCGUUUUUCCGUUGUAAUCUGAAAAUGAUACGGUAUGACUAUCCGCAUCUUCACGAUUGGUUGAGACGGCUGUACUGGGAUAACGGGAAAGAUACUGCUGGAGGCAUUCUGGGUUUCAAGAGGGUAACAUCCAGCAGAUCAAGCGAGGUUAUGCAUGCGUCGAUGUACGGAACGGGGUCAUACCCGUUGGACCAACACCACACAUUAUGCCAUUGUGAUCUUUCACUGAAACACGCUCACAUUGUUUAUUGGUGUUCGCUCGCUUUCUCAAUCAGUCCCUGGCUACUUCAGCUUGCCUGCACCACUGGCCGUCUUUGGACCUUCACUGCCAUUAUGAAUGCGUUUUCUCUGAAGAGCCCUAUACGGUACCGGUACCUCAAGGAACAAAACAUGUUCCGUGCCAUGACCAGAGGAAGACACGAAUAUAUCCUCACACUUCCAAGAUUGUUGAACACAACACAGACAACGACUGCAACCUUGAAGAUGCCGACGACUGAGGAGAAAGACACGUCUCUAGACAAAUCCAAGACCCAAAAGCCAGAAAUUGAUAAUGAACAAGUACGUCAAGAAAGCUCGAGAGCGGCCUGCGCUGCCAUGGAGGCGCAGAAGAAGGCAGACGAAUUAAAGAAAGCAGCUGCUGGCGCAGGAGAUGCAGAUGAACGACAGAAGUUGAUGGAACAAGCCAUUGAGGCACAGAUCGAAGCCGAGUCGUUUGGCAAGACAGCCAAAUACAUGCGCUCGGGUGCAUUCCAAGGUCUAGCAAUGGGCACUGGACUUGGUGCUGCUCCAGGAGUCACACUGGGAGCCAUCACAGGAACACUCGUCGGCAGCGUAUCCUCUACUCUUCUCGGCAGCAUUGGUGGAGGCAUCGGCGCUGCUGCUGGUGCCAUCAAUGGCCCGUUCUGGGACCUCAGCAAAUUCGCCGGAAAAGGGAUUCGAAAGAUUACAGGUGACCUGCCCAGCUGGGCUGCGAGCGAUGAGCAAAAGAAGGCCCUAGAGAAGAUGCUGGAUCAAGUGAACGACGAGGAGAUGCCGGAUAAGCAGGACCUAAAAGGGUUCGUGGAGGAUGGUGGUGGUGCGGACAUGGACGAAGGUUGGCUAAAGAAGAUGAAGAGUUGCCUGCCCAGUCUGCCUUCCUUGACGAGUUCAAGUGGAGCUAAACAGCAAGACAAUGACGCCGAGAAGAAAAGUUCAGACUCCAGCGACGAGAAGCAAGAGUCAGCAUUGAAGACAAAUGAUCAGCCUCGCAAAAAGCCAAGGAAACUAGAGAUCAAAUCACAUUCCGAGCAAGAACUAUCAGAGAAGUCGACCGAGCAAAAGCAGAAGAAGCCAAGGAAGCUGGAAACAAGGUCGAAGCACGUCGAGCAUGAGGCAAGGGAAUCAGAGGAAACGAAAGCACAGCCACCAAAAUGA